UUUUUAAUGUAAAUACACAUACAUAUGUCUAUGGAACAUAACUGAAAACAUGGACACUUCAUCGUAAUGGCAGACGUUACGUAAACCCCUUCAGCGAGCGGUGAGUUGGUACAGUCCAAGUCCAGCGCGCGAAAGUUUCACAACAACAAUGGCGUCCUCCCGAACAGGCCGCCGUGGGACCAAGAGGAAAACUGAGGACGAGGAGGAGAAGGAGGAGAAGCCCACCAAGGAGGCAAGAGGAGAAGAUGUGCCUGAGCAGGAGGGUCAAAGAGUGGUAAUUGAACACUGCAAGAGCUGACGAGUGUAUGGGCGUAAUGCUGAGGGGGUGAGAUCUGCCCUCUUGGCCGCACGCCCUCAACUCACUGUGGUCCUCAACCCCGACAAACCUCGCAGGAACAGCUUUGAGAUCACUCUCAUUGAUGGAGGCAAAGAGACUUCUCUCUGGACCGGAAUAAAGAAAGGUCCGCCCCGUAAGCUGAAGUUCCCUGAGCCUGAUGUCAUAGUUGCUGCACUACAGGAGGCUCUAAGUGCCGAGUAGAGGCUUGGUGAAGCUCAUCGUUCAUGGCGUGUGGCUGGUGGAAGCAGAAUGACGAGGAGUGACCAAACUGGGUGCUCACAGUCUCUCCUCUGAUGGACCAAGCUCCUGCAGCUCGCAUCUUUGAACGAAUGGGGACACCUACUGGAAUACUUUAGAGCCAGCAGUCAAUGUCCACAUCAUGUACAGGAUAGCACAGUCGUUUUGCUGUUCUUGGUUUAUGGUGAUUUUAUGUUUUUGUAUCCAAUAAAGGUGUUCUUUU